AUGGCCUCACCUUUCUCCAUCGUUACUGGCCCUGAUGAAAGCUGUGUCUCGGGCUGGGAACGCGAGGGCCAUGUUUCGAAACGUCGUAAGACAAAGCCGACCGGCACCCCACGACCCCCGCGAGAGAUCGGGAUAAUGAGGGAGACCCAACGCGAUGGUUCAGCGACCUUUCUUGGUAGCUCAAGUGGAAUUCAUUUCAUCAGGACAGUACACAGUGCGUUUGUGCGCCGAUCGGCAGACCUGCAUAGGGCACGAAUCACCAAGGAAGGCCUAGUACCUGGCGAGGACGACCAGUUGCAGAGAUCUGCUAGUCACUCACGGCAGGUGGAAGAGCUGUGCUCCAACAAUGAAUUGGAAUUGGACCCUGACUUGUGCUUUUCAUUCGAAGACAUGGUUCGAUGGUCGCGGAGUUACUUCCAGAACUGGCACCCUAUGUUUCCUUUUCUUCAUGCCCCGGAUAUCCUGGAAAUGAUGGAAAGGGCGAGUGAGAGCGGAUUAAAGUCUUUGAAUCGGACCAGCCAGGCCAUAUUACGGUCCGUGUUCACUAUAUCGACUAUCGACAAACGCCAGAUCCAGCACUCGAGGAUGACGGCGGACCUCGUGCCCGCUAUACUUGUUUACCGAACUACGCAAGAGGCAAUGGAGAGUAUUCACGGCCUACUGCUUGAACCAGCGACAGUCACUUUACUUCAGACAGCUCUGAGUGUUCAGAUCAUGCUUCUGUCCCUUUUGCGGCUUAACGCAGCUUCUCGACUGGGAGGGCUGAUCACUCGAGUAGUCUUUCAUCUAGGCCUCCAUCGCUGCCCCGCACGAUACUCCUGCUUCGGUCCCAAAGAUGUCGAGAUGAGACGUCGUAUCUUCUGGUCUGUGUAUUGCUUGGAACGCUACCUUUCCCAGGCCCUUGGCACCCCUCUAACUAUCCAGGAUGAUGAUGUCGAUGUGUGCUAUCCAGGCAACGAGCGCCAUGAAAAGACAGCGGUAGUGCCCCAAGUCCAGGUUAUUCCCGUCAAUCUGCGUCUAUUGACCUAUUUGGCGAAAUUCUCCCGAGUCAGGGGGCUUAUUUUGGAACUCCGAAACAAAUCCACUAUGCAUAGCCAUGAUGAUCCCUCCCAGGCUGCAUAUGUGGGUGGUGAGCUAGCCCAGUGGUGGAAUGAUGUGUACGAUGAUGUGUUUCCUAUGGAAGAGCUGGUGGAUCAGGAGGGAAAAAAUGAGCCAUCUCUCCCGUCCUACCACCGCCUCCUCCUCAUUGUGCAUCGGCACGAGGCUAUCAUAGCAAUGCACCGACCCUUACUGGCUGGACCGAAAUUUUCACCAGACUACAAAUCGGCGUUGCAGACCUGUAUUGAAUCUUCGCGGUCCCUGUUAACUGCUCUGAAAAAGUACCUAGCAGCUCAACCGGCAGGGAAUGAGGACACGGGCACUAGGAAUCCAGGAGCUAGUCAAUCCCCAUUGAGCUGGUCCUCGUUUACCUGGGCGGUUUGGAUGGCUUGCCUCAUCAUCAUGUACGCGGCAUCAGAAGGCGAUUUCCCUAGUUCCGCCGCCUUGAAAAAUGCCAAGCUUGGGAUCUCCAUCCUAGAAAACCUCUCCUUAAGAAGGAGUAGCUGGCCCGAGACCUGCAUUGACGCUAUCAGAGGCAUGGAAUUUGCUCUCAGUGCGAAGACAAACAGUGACUCUAGGCGACGUGAGCCAAGUCCCAACACAGUCAUAGACAAAGAACAACGAUCGUCUUAUGCAAACCCUAAUCAAACUUCUCCAUAUGAGCCGCUGGACACUUCUUGCCACGAUCUUGAUGUGUCGCACAGCACUCUCCGGAUCACCCCCUCGACGCCAAACAAUCACACUUCAGGCACCGAGAUGGUCGCACCUCCCUUAUCACAGGGCUUACUAAACUCCGAAGGUGGCCAAUCAGGGUUGUCAAAUGAUCUGCUCAGUAAUGACCGCAUAAAUGAGCAUGGACGGGAAUUAGCAGGACUCACGUCUCAUCUUCCAGGGGAGGUGGAUCUCACAUCAGCCAACCUCAUAUUUGGGGAGAUGAUGAUGCCCGAUAUCUAUGAAUCUAUUGCCACCGAGCAGGGUCUUGGUCUCGCGGGCUCUGAUCCUUCAACAUUGACCCCUUUGUGGAGUAUCGCAGAUGGGCCUCUCAGGAUUCAUGAGAACUAUACGUGCUAG